CAUCUCUAUUUGCACAUCAUAGAGAUACAUAAGCAGUCACAAACAUGAAACUGAUUACAGCAAACAUACAGCAGAUAAAGCAACUACCCCUAAUAAACAGAGGGAAAUUUAACUGAAUGACUUACCUUUGACAAGUAGCACAUUACAUUAUUACGUUAAUAAGGAAGUAACAGGCGGGGCAAAGGUCUCUGUGGUUGUGCAGGGCCAAAAAGGAGAAGCAGCUAUUUACAUAGUCACUUGCCAAUAUGCGAGGAGACCAGAGGUUACCUAAGGAGGACAUGGUUAAGAAUUAAAAGUCAACACCACUGGAAUUAAGCUUAUAUUGGACUGUGUCAGCCCAUGCACGAAGAAAUUCUUUGCUAACCUCAAGCGUUGUUGUUUUUUGUCAACACACCCGCGGCAGUACUGACAAAAAAGAAACUAGAAUUUUUAUCUGUGGACCUCAAAGGAUUUGUACAAGCUCAUAGUAUCUGUGUAGCUUACCAAAAAAAAAGUAAUAACAAUGAAGCCUUUACUUUUCAAAACCAUCUCAGACCACUUCAUACUGUGUGUCCUCUUGUGUCUACUUUGGUGUGUUACUGACUCCAAAAGUACAACAACAGCAACAGGGACAAGUGCAACACAAGCAAACACAACCACAACACAGUUAACCACUCCAUCAACAACCCUUUUAACAACAAAACAACCACCUCCUAAUGCAGAUGGGUUCAAGUCUGUUGGUCAAAAUGAGACCAGCAUAACUCUGCAAUGGAAAACAGUAAAUGGCAUCCCAAACUAUAUCCUUAAGUUCAAUGGAACAGAAAACUAUGUCAAUGCAUCAGGGCCUCUAGGGAAAUACAUAUUAUCAGGUCUCACAAGUAUGACUGAAUACAACUUCACUCUCUUCACUGUGUUGGAAGAUAUCAGAAGCAGUGGAGUAAUCAUCACUGCAUUUACUGCACCUCCUAAUGCAGAAGAGUUCAAGUCUGUCAACCAAAAUGAGACCAGCAUAACUCUGCGAUGGAAAACAGUGACUGGAAUCCUCAACUAUAUCCUUAAGUUCAAUGGAACAGAGAAUGAUGUACCUGCAUCAGGGCCUCUAGGGAACUACCCAUUAUCAGGUCUCACAAGUAUGACUGAAUACAACUUCACUCUCUUCACUGUGUUUAAAGAUAUCAGAAGCAGUGGAGUAAUCAUCACGGCAUUUACUGCACCUCCUAAUGCAGAUGAGUUCAAGUCUGUCGACCGAAAUGAGACCAGCAUAACUCUGCAAUGGAAAACAGUGACUGGAAUCCUCAACUAUAUCCUUAAAUUCAAUGGAACAGAGAAUGAUGUACCUGCAUCAGGGCCUCUAGGGAACUACAUGUUAUCAGGUCUCACAAGUAUGACUGAAUACAACUUCACUCUCUUCACUGUGUUUAAAGAUAUCAGAAGCAGUGGAGUAAUCAUCACUGCAUUUACUGCACCUCGCAAUGCAGAAGAGUUCAAGUCAGUUGACCAAACUGAGACCAGCAUAACUCUGCAAUGGCAAUCAGUGAAUGACAUCCUCAACUAUAUCCUUAAGUUCAAUGGAACAGAGAAUGAUGUACCUGCAUCACCAGUAUACGUGCAAAAAAAAACGGAUUUGCUCUCAAGUGGGACUAAAUACAACUUCACUCUCUUCACUGUGUUUAAAACUGUUAGAAGUAGCGGAGUGACGCACUCUGCAGCCACUGUUCCCUCAAUGGUGGCUUUGGUCAACGUGACUGAACGCUCUGUGAACAGCAUAACCCUGAUGUGGACAAAAGAGAAAAAAGACUGGGCCUACUUUGUCCAAAUUAAUGAAGAAAAUUCCAAACUUCUCCCAAAUACAGCUAUGAAUGAUGUGUUCUAUCCAAUCACAUCUCUUAAGCCUGGAACAGAGUAUACAUACAGCGUGAUCACAACGUUCUAUGAUCUUAACAGCACUGCUUACAAAGGCUUUACAGUAACAGCCAUAAACUGUACCAAUGUAGCCUGGCGUGUUACUAACUCAUCGAUCCAAGGACUGAUUAAAGGCUUGUUCUCGAAUGCCACAGCCACCAACCAAUCACAAACUCAUGUCAGUCUUGGAGGUGAAAAUGUGUCCUUUAGCGGCCUUUACCCUGGUGCGACCUAUGAAGUGUCUCUUGCGUACGAAAGAGAUUCAACAUUCUUUCUGCAGUGUAGCCACAACCUCACUAUCUAUCCUCCAUAUGUACGUGGUCACUGUGAGUACUGGGCAGCGGGCUAUUCUGUCUCGGUUGUCUGGAAUGAACCGGAAGGUGUGUGGACUUCAGUGGAAGUGAGCGUGAGUGGGGAAACUCACACAGUGAAUAGAAAUGUGGAACGGCAGCUCAUAAUUUCUGGAUUCCUACCGGCCAGAACAUAUGAGGUGUCUUUAGCUUCACUGUCUGGGACUGUAAGGAGUUUGGACCCAUUCGUUUUUUUGUGUCUUACUGAUCCAAGAGGAGUCAUUGCUGGGUCGGUAUUUGCUGUGCUGCUUUUUGGUGUCCUGGUCUGUCUGGUUGUCUUUAUUUUUUGGAAAAGACCAGAUAUCAUCAGCAGAAAAAAGGCAUUCAUUGGUGGUUCCAGAGAAUCCAAUAAAAAGUUCAAAGCUAUUUCUGUGGCAAAGUUUCCAGACCACUUCUACCAACUAAGUAUGGACGAGAACAGAGGUUUCAGCCAGGAAUAUGAGAGCCUUGUUCCUGUUGGCACAGAGCAAACACGAAAGGUGGCUAUUUUACCUGAGAACAAACCGAAGAAUCGUUUCAACAAUGUCCAGCCAUAUGACUGGUGUCGGGUGAAGCUAACUACAUCCAAUCCCAAUAAUACCUCUGACUACAUUAAUGCCAGUUACAUGCCAGGCUACAACAGCAAAAUAGAGUACAUUGCAAGUCAGGGUCCUCUGCCCUCCACAGUCAAUGAUUUCUGGAGGAUGAUCUGGGAACAAAAGGUGAAAGGCAUCGUCAUGGUGACCAACUGCACUGAGGGAGGACGGACUAAGUGUGAACGAUACUGGCCUGCAGACCGCAACCCUUGCCCUUACGGAGAGCUGACAGUCACCAUCAGAUCUGAGCAGCAGAAGCCUGACUGGACACUGAGGGAAUUUAGGGUGAAACAUAUAAACCACUUAGAGGAGCGCACAGUGAAACAUUUUCACUUCACUGCCUGGCCUGACCAUGGAGUCCCACAGGGCACAGAUGUCCUGAUCCAGUUCAGAGGACUGGUGAGACAGCACAUAGAGAGAGAAGGGGAUGGAGCUCCAACUGUGGUUCACUGCAGUGCUGGAGUCGGGAGGACAGGCACCAUCAUUGCCCUGGAUGUGUUGCUUCAGCAGCUAGAGAAAGAAAGAGCCGUGGGCAUCCAUGGCUUUGUUCACAAGAUGAGACUGAGCCGACCAUACAUGGUACAAACAGAGUCCCAGUACGUUUUUCUGCACCAAUGUAUCAUGGACUGUCUGCCAAAUGAGAAGACUGAAGAGCACAUAUAUGAGAAUGCAGACAUGAUCUACGCCAACGCAGACAUGAUCUACGCCAAUGCCACUGCACUCCGAGAACUUCGUACAACAUAUGCCUAAACUAAACAGGAUUGCUAGUACUGAAAUCUUUUAUGCACUCAAUGAAAAACCUUAUAAAUUAUACAUGUGGUAUUUUGUUAUAUAAAUCAUAAAUAUGAAAAACAUUUUUUUUAUAUUUACUGUACAGGCAUAGCUCUUCAUUUUAUUUAACUUGUAAAUUUCUGUUCCUUGAAUCUAUAAAGUGUAUUAUUUUUAUUAUGUGACAGAAACACUGCAGAUGACAAAUUACAUUUAUUAAAAAUAAGAAAUGUAGGU